AUGCUUGGUUUUAGAAGCUGUAUCUUGGUAUCAAGCAGGAGACUGAUUUCCAGUUUAGCCAACAAACGGCCACCAUUGCAUGAGAUCUUCCCACAAAAGAAGAUGGUUAGCAGGAUAUUGUUUGAGCUCGAUAGUCGGCUUGCAUACAAUAAGCUAUAUCCUAUGUAUGAGAAGCUUUAUGAGGGACUAGACACUGGUAAUGAUGUUGAUAUACCCAAUAGCAUCAAAGGGAAAGACUUAAUGAUAAUGAAAAAAGUUCUUGAGAAAGUGAGGCAUAAGACUAAAGCUAUCAACAAGAACCUAUUAGCCUUGGAGAAUGUUUUGUUGGAUAGGGCUGCUGAGAUCGGAGACAAUGAUGCUAUAUCGCUCUUAUGUUUUGAUGUUCUAAAGGAUCCAGACAGUAAUACUGAAGAUGACGUAUCUCAUGCAAAGAAAUUGAUUAAGAACCUCUAUCAAAUGAAUCACCCUUUAACCGUCAAACUAACUGCUGAUAUAGCUCUGAAGAACCAUGACGAUGCUACUGCCGAAGUGUACUAUAUGAAAUUUUUGGAUUUACAGAAUGAUACUUUCUUAGCUGGAGAAGUAUACGGUCAAUUGGGCCAGAUCCACUUUAGAAAACCGAAUCUUAUUGAAGCAGAGAAAUGUUUCUUAAAAUCAAUCAAACUUUGUCCUAUUGAUUACUCGGUACGAUCGUACUUUUUGUUAGGACAAAUGUAUGUGAAUAACGAUAUAUUUAAAGCCAGGUACUUAAUUGAAAGCAGUGCCACCCAAGGCUUCAAGGAAUCAUUUAGAACACUAGGGUUGCUCGAAAUGAAUUACUUCAAGAAUUACCCCAAAGCUCAGGAAUGGUUUAAGUUGGGAAUGGAACUCUAUGAUACUGAAUGUUUCGUUGGCUAUUUCGAUUGUACAAUGAAAAAUAAUGAAUUAUUGCUGGCUAAGAGAUGUUAUGAAAGUAUGGAAAAGCUUGCUGAAAACAAUCAAGAUGUAAAUCGACUCUUUGAGGAUUUCAGCUCCCAUAGAGCAUCAGAUAUUCAAAAAAUUAAAGAGUAUAGCCCAAAUGCUUCCAUAAAUACUUGGCAAAGUUUAACUCCUGGUGACACCACAGUUAAGGUAUCAAAAUCAAAUACAUGGAAUCUAUGA